UUUGCGUGUUUCAAGUGCAGACUUUCAGAAUCGGUGAAUUUGCGCGAUGAGAUUUCUUAUCCCGUUCGUUUUGCGAGUGACGGAUCCGUUAUGAAGAAAACUCGAGAGACGCGCAUUUGUUGACCGGCUGAUGAGUCGUUCAAGUGUUGUGUGACAGUGCGGAGUGUUUGUGCGCCGUGUCUCAAUCGGAUCCGUCGAUUCGUCGACAUGAGCGAUGUCGACUCUGUGUUCCGGGGCAGUGUUGUCGAUAAUGAAGCCAGUAAAAGAACAUCUGGCGCGUUCACUGCGGUUCUCGUUCUCAUCCAGGAUGACGAUCACGAGGACUCGGAAGCACCAAAGCGCGCGUGGUGGUCGGCCAAUUUGUCACGGAUGCAAGCAGACGCGAGAGCUCUUCUUCUUCUUGCUGCUUGCGGGUUGUGCAAGCUCAGCAUCACACGAUCUUUUUCCGUGUCGAGAUUUUGUUCGAAUCAGAGCCCGUCGAGGGAAAAUUCAUCGUCGUCUUUUGUUGUAUUGUCAUGGCGAUUUUCCGGACGACUUGGGAUCGCGAAGGAACGCGAUCCAGUGAUCCGCACGGGUGACAGAACAGUGUUCUUGGAUCUGGUGAAAGUGUUUCUUGUAUUUGUUUUGAGUUUUUCAACAAAGGGAUUCGUGUCCGAGUUCACAAAAGGGCUCAUCCGUGUUCCACUGGGAGUCAAGUACUCGUGGUUUGUCACGAGGCGGCAUUUUAUUUUUGCCGCCGCGGAAGCCGAAAGUGGCGGCUUUUGUCGAUAAUCUGCUGACCCUGAGAGCCACAGUGUUUCGUCACCUCAUUUGCACAACACUCAAUUGGAACGCCGCGAAUCGUCGUCACGAUUGCAAGCUGCAAAACACAGGAUUUUGCGCUCGCUCCGCCCAGGACAUUUAGGCUGGGCCGAAGUUUCCGGGAACGGGAAUUCGGAGAAACCGCCAGUCGCGACACCGCUGGACAGAAACAACCAGGUGUACCACAGCGAAGGCAAAGGCCUGAAGGCGAAGCGGAAAGCCUGGGCUUCCGAACGCGAGCUGCACACGUCCGCUGGGGGACAGCCCAGUGCGAAACCCGCGACAUCUGCGCCGAGUUCCGCCGACCGGAGCCAAAGUUUCAGCGACAAGAAUCGACGCUUGUCUCUGGACGACAAGAACGACUGUGGUCGCGGGCAUGUCGCCGCCAAUGACGACUGUGUCGACACGCAGCCGCCACCGGACGUGGUAGUGUACGAGAACUUGGGGAAACUCACGCUGGCCGCCAUGGCGUCCGCGUCGCGGAAGGACGCCAAAGAGCGGCGUAGUUUUCGGAAACUGACAAAGGACUCGGGCUACGAGACCAACUAUUCGGACUAUGCCAAUCUGGACAGCUUGGGCUGCGUCGAGCAGCAGCGACAAGUGGACGCUGCGGAUGGCGGAGAAAACACUCCUGGAGUUUCCCCGUCCGCCGCUGAGAUGACGCCGCGAUCGCGGUCGCCCGUUAGACGGGACAGCACGGGAAGAAAUGUGGGUUCGGAUUUCGUGGCGCUUGUUUCGUCUGGUUCGGCGCUGUGGAUGGGAGAUGUGGGAAACCGGCGAGAGUUAUCCUUAAUCCACUAG